AUGGGUCUGAAUGCUGCAAUGGAGCUUGCGACCGUGGCGCAUCUGAGCCGGUACGCCGGCGGUCUCAUCUCCAAGAUCACGCGGGCGGCGAGGACGGCGCGGCAGAACAAGAAGGACUGCGCUCACCUGGCGUGCCGCGUGUCCGUGAUCGCCGGCCUGCUGCCUCACCUGCAGGACCCGGAGACGGCGCGGGCGCUGGCCGGGCUCGGCGGCACGCUCAGGGACGCGCACGAGCUCGUCCUCGCGUGCUGCCGGAAGAAGAGGAGCGCGGCAUUCUUGUUCCGUCGCUUGUUCGACGCCGACAGGCACGCCGAGCGGUUCGGGGAGAUCAACGGCAGGAUCGACUCCCACCUCAUCCUCAUCCCUUUGCUCACCCACGUCUCCAUCGCCCGCCGCCUCGACCAAAUCCUAGGAGCAGCUCGUUCCUGUUCGCACGGUUCCAUCUUGUCACGUCAGGCCAGUGUCCUGUCGAUCGACUUUCCCUGUCGUACUAGCAUUUAAUUCCUUGUCUGUGCUGCUUCGUGCAUCCACUUGCGUGUGCUAGGAAAUAAAUUA